AUGGUGUCAGAAGAGUUGCAGAGGAAGGUCUUGCAAACUGCCAGUCAUUGCGUGGCCACUGUGGAGGGCAACAUUCGAAAAGAGAGGGACGAGCUGCAGGCGGCGCAGGAUGCGGCGAGGGUGAGCCAAUGGCACAACGGAUCUGCUGCGCCACAUUUGUCAGCGCAGGAAACUUGGACGCGCAGGUGUGGGCUAAGCUCCUGGCAAGGCCCGCCGCUCCGUUGGACUGGAGCGGCCGAUACUUUGUCCCUGGUUGCAGCUUCAGACGUCCAGAGGUGGCAUUGCGCACAGCUGGUGGAGCAAGCCAGAUGGAGCAGCCAGAUCAACUCCAACAUGGAUGCCAUGUCAAGUGCUGCCUACAACAUGCUGGGCUUGGCGCAGGAGCUGACAGCUGGCUUUGCGGUGGGCUGGGCCUUCGCAUUCUGGCGUCACCAGUUCAUGGAGGAUAAGACGGCGGCCGAGCAGCUGCAGAAGAUGGAGCGCUCCAUCAUGAUCAAUCGGGAGUUCCUGCGGAUCUUUGUCUCGGAGUGGCGCUUCUUGACAGUGUCCCUCUCCAUGCACCAGGCCUUUGAGGAGCAGAAGAUCAAGCGGCUCCACUUGCGGGUGCUGGCGGUAAGGCUCCGUGACGCCCAGGACCAGCGUCAGGAGUGUCAGCAGGAGGCCGAUUUGGACAAGUCGGUACACUACAUGAUGAUGCGGAAGUUGCAAGCCGCACGGGAAGACAGGAACAGAAUGGACUACAGGUUGCAAACGAUGCCUCCUGAGCAAGCGAGGCAUGCCUUGCACAUCCUCAUGGAGCCCUUCAUGAGCUAUCUGGCCACCUUCAGCCAGAUGGAGCGGCUGAUCUGCAUGCAGAACAUGCUGGCGAAGGAUGUGUUGUUCCUGGCAACGGAUCCACUGGAAACGGCACAGGACAUCGUGCAGAAGUCUUGCGAGGAGAUCUUGUGCCGCUGGAUCAACUGUAUUCUUAUGGAGGCAAAGCACCGUGCUUCCAAUCUGCUCACGGCUGGGGACACCGAGCAUUCCAGGCAGAACUGGGCGCCUGCGGACAGCCAGAAGUUUUCCAGGAGGUGCCGAGAGAUCCGGACUCUCAACCUGCUGGAUCCGUCUGCGUUUGCGCAAGACUUCCAGGAUGGCAAGAUGCUCACAGUGCUCUACGCGAUGUUGAAAUCCUACAGGGAGAACCACGAGUUCUUGGAUCCCUUAGACCUCGCGGCCUUCGAUGAGAAGGACAAUGACCGGCGAGCCGCUGCCGCCUUGAUCAACUUCAGCUCCCUGUCGCCGCAGCUGACUCAAAGGUUCGCGCUGAGUGUUGGGGACAUUGCAUCUGGGCGGCUGGCCCCAUUGAAGACAGCCUUGUGCGCAAUCUUCCUGCGCGAGGCGCCGGGGAUCCGAAGCUUCCUGCAGCAGGCGGCCAAGGAGACAGCCUUCACGUUUGGGAGGCAGACCGCAUCUCUGGUGGGGAGGGCAAGCGCAGGACGAUGGCCAUCUCCAACUCUCGGAACGGCUUUUCUAGGCUGA